UCGUUGUGUCAUGCGAAAUAUUCGUGGUCAUUUUUGUAGAAUAUGCUUUCAAGUUGUUACGAACUUCGUUCUCAUGUGGUGCAAGCAACUGACAGUUGAUUAAGGCGACUUAACUUACGUACUAACAAGGAUGACGUAAAGAAAUCCUUGAUUUGAAGCUUGCCCAGAUGUUCGUUCUCACGGAUACAGAAAGGCUAGCAAUACUGUCAGGAUGUCUUGGACUUUUGGGCUUUGUUAUGCUGAUUACUGCCUGUUUCGCGUGUCCCUUUUGUUGGCUAUAUAAAAAGAUCAGCAGCAAUCAUGAAAAAGGAGACAUGGAAAAGAAAUGCAUGCGGAACCAUUUUCAGGUCAAUUUCCUGGACAAAGAACCUCCACCGCCGUAUGACUCGCCAACGAGGUUUCCCAUGUUUGACAUGAAACCGUCUUUUGACUUCAGCAGAAGACUUACUUCAGUCAAUAGCGUUUCCAGCGUGGGCUCAGACACCGAUUCGGUGGCAGGCAUCCCACUUCCUCUUUUAAGUGAUGCGGAGAUGUCAUCAAUAGAAGUGCGAGAGAACAUACCAGUUGAACCAGGACAUGUUAGCAUCACUUUGCAGUAUAAGCGCAUUGUUGGAGAUGAUAAAAAAGUGUUUACACAGUUGAGAAUGGAUCUGAAGGAAGCUACUGAUCUCCCGUUUCGUUCUUAUGGUGGAAGAAGUAAUCCAUAUUUUAUAAUUGGCCUCUACGACAUGAAAAGUCUGAACAGGAAGAAACGAAGGAAAUCUGGACCCAUACCUCUUCAUGAAUUUCAUUCCACAGUCGUUAAAAAAAGUCAGCAUCCAGUAUACAAUGAAUCCUUUUUCUUCCCUUUAGAACAGAAUGAAAUCAAGAAAUGCACAUUAAAAAUUGAAGCUUGGGAUCGCGAUAAAUUGGCUAAUGAUUCAAUUUUAGGAGUUGUGUAUUUUAAUUUGAAAGACGUGGCAUCGUUUUUACUACAAGAACCUUCGAAAGAACUUGACCUGAGUUUGAAAUUGGAAGAUUCCAAAACAAACAAUGGACAAAUACUCUUGGGUCUCUGUUACCUGCCAACAGCUGAACGUAUGACAGUUGCAGUACUAAAGGCUAAUAAUUUAAAACGAAUAAACGAAAAAAGUGAUGAAGCAGAUUACUACGUACAAGCAAUGGCGAUAUAUGGUGGAAAAGUAUUUGAAAGAAGAAAAACAUCUAGUCGUCCAUCCUCGUCUUUUCCUAUAUUCAACGAAAUGCUGAUGUUUGAUGUUCCCAUUUCAAAGCUGGACUACGUCGUUUUAUUGUUGGCAGUUCGCACCAUUUCUCCCGCAAUGGAUUCUGACAAAGAAACCCAAAUGAAAACUAUGAAAGAGUCCUGCGUCGGCAAAGUUGUCAUUGGAUCAUGUAGUAGAAAAAAUACACUAAAUCACUGGAAUGCAAUGAGAAAUUCUCCAAGAAGACAAGUAAUACAGUGGCAUGAAUUGCGCUGAUUAAGAAUACUCUGGCAUUAUUAUUUAUCCAUUUUCCUAAGAGGCAUGGGAUACUUUAUUUUCUAAGCUAUUCAAGUUUUUGAUUCAUUGACAAAAAUGUACUAAGCGAAUUUCCUCUGAGUAAAUAAAUUUUAAGCUUAUUACAUACUUAUCACAUAAAUUGAAUCCCAAGCGCAAGGGUUAGGCUUUGCUUCACCUAUGUAUAUGGCGUUAUCUCAUUCAAAUCAUACAUCAUUUUAAAAAACAGCCCAUUACAUUAUCGAAGUUGCAUUGUUAGAAAACAAAAACUGCAGUAAAUUUGCACCCCAGGGUUUUGCGAUUGACCAAUGAGAUUUCAUUCUCAUAAGCUCCCAAGUUUAGAUUCUGUAAAAUAUUUUAUUUUAAAAACAAUUUUAUCGGGUUUCAAACAGUAAAUGCUAGUGUUUCAAUUUUCAUUAAGUUAUUAGGGUAGUUGAUUAAACUUACUUGAAAAAAAAUCAACAUUGCAUCAUUUUUACUGACAGCAAUCUAACGAAUCAGUUCAAAAAAAAGGGGGGGGGGGGCGGGGAAUAGGCUGAUACAUAAUAACUAAAUGGCAUAGCGAAACAAAUUUGAAAUUUUCUGACAUGAAACUGAUUCUAUGUAAAUAAAACGUGCUUAAUUCACCAAUCAAGUUUAAUUUUGUAGGAGACCCGCUUCUAACAUGAAUAAUGCACUCUGAUUUAGUGGCAUAACAAGAGGUAUGGGGGGGGGGGAGGCAAUGGGCCUGAGCCCACUAGAACGCUGAGUUGAAGGUCUUCCAUUUCUUUUUUUGCUCAAAAGGAGAAAAGAUCCUGUCUUGGGAAAACAAAAUCUGAGGAAAAAUCUGAAGUAUAUUUAAAAGAAAUCUUUAAAAUAAAGUUUCCAAAUAGUUGCAAAUUAUUGGUCAGUUAAUCACGUUCUUCCUCUCUUUUAUUUCUUCCAUUCUCCCUCCUCCCCCCUCUGUUUCUAGUCCGCUUAAAAUAAGAAAAUCUUCAAAAUGUCAAGCCCCCUAAGGCCUCUCCGCAUCCAAAAUCAUUACAAAGCUUCUCAAAUUUGAUUUUUAGGUCUUCAAGUUCGUAAAAUUUCCGGAGGAAAGCUCCCGCGAACACCUUGACCUCUAUAAAUAUCUCAAACAUAGCUAGUCUAAAAUUGCAUAUUUGGAGCUUAAAUUUCAAAAUGAUUUCUGAACUUCUGUCAUUGCGAAACACGAUCUACAAUUACGAUUUUAAGUCGUUACAUCAAUGUGAAAAAAAUUCGUGAGAUAAAACCUCCGAACUUUUCCUCACCUAAAACGUCACCAAAAACUAAAGUGCGUUUUUAGAACAAAAAUUUCGAAAUUUUUCCCGAGGAGAACGCCCGGCCACCCCCAUUUCUACUUGCUCAUAUUCGGGUAAUGAUCGAUCCCUUCCUAAAGCAGAAGUUGCAUCUGUUCUCUCAAAAUAUAAACAAAUGUGUAUGUAUUAUAUGUUUAAUAAAACUGAUGGGAAAGCAAGCUUAGACAUGUCCUCACUCCAGCUUUUGGUCUCCCAAUGCGGGAUUAUUUUUUUGUUGUGCCACUCCAUUUUUUAAAUAGCUAACUUUUCUGCUGCUUCGGACUUCUUGAAGUAAAGAUAAAAAU